AUGCGUGGCUCUGACACACGUGGAAAUGUCAUGCACGCCUCCCCCUCUCCCCCCGUGCUGCGCGAGGCGCCCACGGAGUUCGUUUCGGCCCACGCGGGCCUCACCCUGCACCUGCCCUGCACAGCCCAGGCCUGGCCCCCUGCGGCCCUGCACUGGCGUCUGCCUGACGGGACCCACAUGAGACCCGUGCAUGCGCACACGCACCCUCGACUCAGCGACAUCUACGUCCUCCCCAAUGGCACGCUGGUGCUGCGCCGCCUGCAGGCCCCGCGCCAUGCCGGUGAGUACGAGUGUGUGGCCGCCAACGCGCUGAGCAGCGCGAGACGCACUGUGCACGUCGAAGUCACACCUGCGCACGCGCGUCUCCCCCCCAGCAUCCGACCCCGAGGCCCGCUUGCCACGCGUGUGCCCCACGGCGCUGACCUCACGCUGCAUUGCCACGCGCGUGGGGACCCUGCCCCACGCGUGUUCUGGAGGCUGCCAGAUGGGCGCCUGGUGGAUGCUGGGAGCAGCUCUGACAUCCGGGUCCGCGCCUUUCCCAACGGCACGCUCUCCGUGCGUCCGGUGACGUCACGUGACGCGGGGGAGUACGUGUGCGUGGCCCGCAACGCGGCGGGCAACGCGCAUGCACGGCUGCGCGUGGAGUUGGUGGCUGGGCCAGGCGGCUCCUAUCUGCAAACCCGGCUUCCCGUGACCCCUGUGACCCAGGACACCGACCCCAGGGAGGACUGUGCUGCCCACCACUGCCUCCAUGUCCCAUCCGGUGUCCUGGGAGACCCGGAUGUUCGGGUCACGAGCCCUGAUGGGAUUGGGUCGCACGCAGUGACCUGGCUGACGCCGGCCUUGCAGCCCGUGGCCUUCACGUCCGGCUCGGAGGAUGCCCACUUCCGUGUGCUGCCAGAUGGGCGUCUGCGCCUGCGGGGGGCACGGCGGGCCGACGCAGGCACGUACACGUGCGUGGCGGGGCGGGGCCGGCGCGCCACCCUGCGCCUACACGUGCAGCUGCGGUCGCCGCACAUCCGGGUCACACCUGACGUCCAUGAUGACGUGAACGAGGACAUUCGGGUCUCCCCCGUGGUGCGUCUGCGCGUGCGCUGCCAGGCGGAUGGCGUCCCCGAGCCCCGCCUGCUGUGGGAACUUCCGGGCGGGCUGGUACUUCCAGUCCCGUAUCGCAGUCACACGGGGGGAGGGAUCAGCGUGGAUGCUCGUGGGACGUUGGAAAUCCCGGAUGUGCGUGCGCUGCGCAGCGGUGGCAGCUACGCCGUGGCAUGCGUGGCGCGCAACCCGGCAGGAGAAGCCCGGGUGGGCGCGGGCUCUGCCCCCUGCGCUCCGCCCCCUGGCCCGCCUGCCCCGCCAUCUUGGGCGCUGACUCCACCCCCUGACGCGCCGACUCUGCCCUCUGAGGCGCUGACUCCGCCCCCUGGGACGGCGUCGGAGGCGGCGCUGCGUGUGGUGCUGGGCGGCAGCUUCCGGCUGCGCUGCCCCACCUCCACGCUUCCGGUGUCCUGGCGCCUGCCCAGCGGGCUGGUGCUACGUGGGCCGCAGAGGCGAGGCCGCUUCACGCUGGGCGCCGACGGCAGCCUGGAGGUGCGCGCCGCCUCCGAGCGGGACCGAGGCACCUACAUCUGCCAUGCCCACCCCGGGGCGCCGCCCGGACACGCCCCCCGCGCGCCGGAGACCAGGAUGUUCAGCUUCAUUCCCGCCACUAGGCCGCUGGGUGCCAUGGCAGGGCAACGGACUGAGGAGACGCGGAUGUGGGGCUUCAGUCCCGCCGCUAGGCCGCGGCGUUCGGUUGCAGGGCAACCAAGUGAAGAUACCAGGACGUUGGGCUCCACCGCAGCAUCUAGGCCUCUGCGUUCGGUUGCCGGGCCACAGACCAAGAAGACCCGGAUGUGGGGCUUCAUUCCUGCCUUUAGGCCGCUGGGUUCGGUUGCCGGGAAAGCGCGUGAGACCCGGAUGUCCAGCUCCAGCAAGACUCUUGGGCCCCAGCCAGAAGAUGCCCGGAUGUGGGGUUCCGAACCUGCGCGCGCUGUACAGAAGCUGCGGUUCGACCAGAGGCCACGGAGAGGCUAG